GCAUUGAGAUGUACAAGAACAGAUUAGAAAACUAUAGUGAGUUGGAAUCGGCGAAAUGACGACGCCAAUUGUUUACUCUUCAUCCACACUUGUUUUCUCUCCAUUCCCCUUUAACUCCAAAGCUUUUCUCCCACAAAUUCACCAAAUUUGUUCUUCCCCACAAAAACCCCGCAAUUUUUCUCUCCAAAAUGGCAAGAAAUUCAGUACCCAUUUCACCCCUAUGGUUUCUGGUUCAUCAUCUGUUGUGUAUGCACAGUACGCCGAGGAACCUGCAACUAGUGUGAAAUUCCUUAAAUCUGUUGAUCUCCCUGGUUGUUCAAGUUCACUGUCCUUGCUUGGCACUGGCUACAGGGAAAAAGUUUUUGCAAUUAUUGGCGUUAAGGUGUAUGCAGCAGGACUGUAUGUGAAUCCAUCUAUGCUGAAUGAAUUGAGUCCUUGGAAAGGAAAGUCAAAACCCGAAGUUGAAAAGGAUCUGGCCUUGUUCCAAUCUAUAUAUCAAUCAUCUUUGGAGAAAUCAUUGCAAAUAUCUUUGGUCAGAGAUGUCGACGGAAAAACUUUUUGGGAUGCUUUGGAUGAAGCUGUUUCUCCAAAAAUAAAAGUACCAACACCUGUUGAUGAAUCAGCUCUUUCAACUUUUCAGAGUAUCUUCCAGGGGCUAUCUCUUAAAAAAGGCACUUUGAUUCUUCUAACUUGGCUUGAGCCAUCCAAGAUGCUGGUGUCUGUGUCACUAAAUGGGAUCCCUACAAAAGUCGAUGCCACAAUUGAGUCGAUGAAUGUCACAAAGGCCCUUUUUGAUGUAUUCUUUGGAGAAUCUCCAGUUUCUCCUACCUUAAAGUCUUCAGUUGCAAAUGGUUUGGCAAUCACCUUGUAGUAAAGGACUCCAAGCUACUGUCUAGCACAUGCUCUUCUCUCUUCUCCUGGACAACUGCCUUUACCUGUUCAUCAUUCAACAGAUUCUGUGGCAUCAGAAUUCAGAAGACUGAAACUCAGCUCCUGUCAUGUAUGUAACCUUUGCUUUUUGUGAUAUUUUUAUCAAACAUAUCACUGUGUGUGUGUGUGUGUGUGUGUAUUUACAUGAGUUACUACCACCAAUACCAACAACAGAAAGAGUACAUAGAAGUGAUCUUUCCGGCUGUUGAUUUAUUUAUGUUUGUAGAAUCCGCUUUUGAUGUUAUGUAGCUUAGUUUACUUAUGGUUGGAUUGAGUUAAACCGGAGAAAACGUAGAAUUGAAGGCUAGCUUACCCAGGUGACCAGCUUUGUUCCCUCCUCAAGAAAUGCUUCAUCCAUGGGUUUUUUUCCUGUCAAAAGCUCCAAUAACACGACACCAAAGCUAUAAACAUCCCCUUUCGCUGUUGCUUUCCCUGUAUCGAAGUAUUCUGUGGAAAUAAAUUAAAAUGUGUAUUUUAUUUUUAUCAACGUGUGACUUUCCAUGAUUCAAAUCCUUUCUUAAAUUUAGCAAAAGGAUGUUCAGUGCCAAAUACCUGGGGCUAAGUAGCCAAAAGUGCCAGCAACAAUGGUAGAUACAUGAGUCUUAUCGGGUUCCAUAAAAGUAGCUAGCCCAAAGUCAGAAACCCGAGCCUCAAGAUUUUCGUCGAGCAAGAUGUUGCUGGACUUAAUAUCUCUGUGGAUGAUGUGAGGUAUGCAGUCAUGGUGAAGAUAUGCUAUUCCUCUUGCUGCUCCUAAUGCUAUUUUGUAUCUUGAAUACCAAUCUAAAAGCUUCAUAUUUUUGAAUUUGCCUAUAUUACAACAUUCAAAAAUCUAUCUUGAGUAUUACAAAAAAAGUUUCAAAUUGAUAAAGAAAAAUGCAUGAACUAGGUUGGGUUUUGAACAUACCAUGUAGAUAUGCAUCUAGACUUCCAUUGGGCAUUAGCUCAUAUAUGAGAAAAUUAUAAUGAGGUGAAGUGUAAUAUCCAUAGAGUGUAACAAUGUUUCUGUGCUUUAUAUCACCCAUUGCCUCUAAUUCUCUCUCGAAACCACGGUCUUGAUCUGCACUUCCCCUGUUAAGCCUCUUUACUGCAAAUGAUGUUCCUUCAUCUAUGCAAAGUUUAUACACUGUCCCAAAACCUCCAGACCCAAUAAUAUCUUUGUUGCUUAACUUAUGUGUCUUCUUCAAAAAUGCAUCUGUCUUAAGUGAUUUUGUUGUUGAAGGCCUGAACAUCACCAUUUUUCCACCUGUGUUUCAAUUGUCUUGUAAGAAGAUUAUUCACAGGAAAAAGAAAAAAAAAACUAUCAUUUUCCAAGUUCAGUUGCGCACCUGAGUAACUGUCUUGAACUGAUGUAUGCUUUCGUUUCCAUUUCUUGUAGAGAAGAAUCGAUAUUAUGAUCUUCGAAGUUACAAAGGCAAGACAACUUAUUGUAAUGUACAGGGUUAUGAUUUUUGCAUUGCUCAUUUGAAACCUAAAAGUAGUGUAAGUUUAGACAAGUCAACAAAGAAAGAAUUUGCUACAGUUAGAUCUGAAAAUUGCUUCCUACUGGUGCUUAUUUGUUUCAGAAAGUUCAGACUGCACUUCAAAUAUGAGCAUACAUUAAAUCAUUGAGGGUAUUACACAACAUGCUAUCGAGAUAUGCAUAUUUCGGAGAUUAACAGGGAAAAGCUCGAAAAUUAAAUUUGAUUGAACUAUAGAAGUAGAUGGUCGUACCUUUACGAAAUUGUUGCUGCGAAACUGGUGUUGAAUAUCAAAGAGAGUUUAAGAUGGAAGGAGAAAUGGGAGCUGAAUUCUUCGUUAUGUAUCUUUUUUUUAAAAAGACAAAGUGGUGGAUAGAACAAGAGAAAAUGUGACUGGAGUUAGGUUAGCUAUGUUUUUUGAUUAAUUGUGACAUUAUAUCACAUGAAAGUGUAACUGUAGGAGAGCUAGCAUAACAACAAUGAGUGUUGUUGGGUGUGUCUUUUCUUGACAUUUUCAAGUCACUUUCACUUUGGUGAUUCAUCACUUGCUAUGCAUGAUUACUUUUGAGCCCAA